AUGAUUCACAAACUUGUUACAGGUACUGGUGAAUCCGGCAAAUCCACCUUCAUUAAACAGAUGAGAAUCAUCCACGGGUCUGGUUACUCGGACGAUGACAAGAGGGGGUUCAUUAAACUCGUGUACCAAAACAUUUUCAUGGCCAUGCAGUCCAUGAUCCGGGCGAUGGACCUCCUCAAGAUCCAGUACGCCUCAUCUGCGAAUAUAGAAAAAGCAGAACUCGUGCGAAGCGUGGACUUCGAGACAGUUACAACCUUUGAAAGUCCAUACGUAGAAGCAAUCAAAGAUUUAUGGGCGGAUAGUGGUAUCCAAGAGUGUUACGACCGCAGGCGAGAAUAUCAGCUCACAGACUCCGCUAAGUAUUACCUAUUGGAGAUAGAUCGAGUCGCAGCAAGGGGCUACCUCCCAACAGAACAGGACAUUCUUCGUGUGAGAGUGCCUACUACUGGUAUAAUUGAAUAUCCUUUUGACUUGGAAGAAAUUCGAUUUAGUUAUCUUAGUGACCUAGAACGUAUCGAAAAGCCUGACUUCCUUCCUACCGAACAAGACAUUCUUCGGGCUCGAGCUCCUACUACUGGCAUUAUAGAAUAUCCGUUUGAUCUGGACUCCAUCAUAUUUAGGAUGGUAGACGUUGGUGGACAGAGAUCAGAAAGAAGGAAGUGGAUCCACUGUUUCGAGAAUGUCACUUCUAUCAUCUUUUUAGUAGCUUUAAGUGAAUAUGAUCAAAUUUUGUUUGAAUCGGAAAAUGAGAAUCGAAUGGAAGAAAGUAAGGCUUUGUUCAAAACAAUUAUUACAUAUCCUUGGUUUCAACAGUCUUCUGUUAUUCUGUUCCUAAACAAGAAAGAUCUGCUCGAGGAGAAGAUUAUGUACUCUCAUCUUGUUGACUAUUUUCCUGAAUAUAAUGGCCCACAAAGAGAUGCCAUACCUGCUAGAGAAUUCAUUUUACAGAUGUUUGUCGAAUUGAAUCCAGAUAUUGAGAAGAUUAUAUAUUCACACUUUACGUGUGCCACAGAUACAGAAAACAUCAGAUUUGUAUUUGCAGCAGUGAAAGACACCAUUCUGCAGUUAAACUUAAAAGAGUAUAAUUUGGUUUAGAUGGCAAUACACAAAAUUCAGGAUGGACUCAAGAAUUUUUCUUAUACCCUGACCAAGGUAUCAGUGUGAACUCUGUUAAGUUAGAAAUGGGAAAGACGAAAAAGGCAGAAAAUGAACAGUAAUUUGUGGUGCCAUCAGCGUACUGUCGCUGCUCCAUUACAAGUGUACCAACUAUUGAUUAGUAAAAUUUAUAACGGAGGUAACAGCGAUGAACAAAUAUGGACCUAAAUCUGAGCGUUAUACGUUCUUUCCUAACCUUCUCACUGUCAAUACCAACAAAUUGAUUUAGUUUCGUACUCUAUUUGUUGAAUUUAUUACCUUUUUAUAGAUUAGUUUAGUCAAUCAUGCCUGGCUGACUGCGUAAUCGUCUAAUUUUUAUAUAAUAAUACCACGAGCAACACAUCAAUAAACGUAUAAGAUAGAGUGCAGCCAUGCCAUAAAAUGUCUGUCCAAGUGUUCAUCUCAAAUCAAGAGAUCUCAGCAAGAAACUGAAGAGAAGAAGGACAAAUGCUUUUUAAUCACAAGUAGUCGGUGACACAAGUGAGAGCAAUUUUAGUGCCAUUUACUAGUGUGGUGUUUUUAUUGCAGUCCUUUCUUAGAUGCAAAAAGCCAAAGUGUUUUUUUAUCUGUGCCAGAAGCAAGUCAAAGUUCUUUCUGCAUGUGACUCAAAUUCAUAAUUCAUCGUAUAAAUAUUGUUAUAUAUAAUAUAUAAAAUGAAACAUAGGUUAGCAUUGAAGAAAGCAACAUAAAACCAACAAGAAGGAAACUUUACCACCCUUCAAUAUUAAGAAAUUAUUAGAAAACAUCUGUUUGAUGUGAUUUUAGGUAAUUUAGGAGGUGAAAGGUUGCAGAUUCUUCUGCUGUCUUUUUUCUCCGUAGGCUGUGUAAAAAACGUGAGGGCUGCGAUCUCAUACCAUACAGUUAUAAGUCUGCAAUUUACGAACGACGUAAAAGUCUUAAUUACAACACUGGUUUUCCUUUCAUCCGGCCCUCGCUUAUUGACACAGCAUCGCGCAUCUAGGGACAUGGUUUAAGAACGUAUGGCCCUAGUUCGCAUUGUAUCCAGAUUACAGUGUAUGUAUGUAUGAACUGCUCACUGCCUGCGCUCGCUCAUGCUGGCUAGCGCGCUGCCCACUGCUUGUAUUCUCUAAUGGUUCAAUUAACUGCUGUUUGUGCCACCUUUUGAUGUUCUGCCGAAAGAAUAUUUGUAUAAAGGUGAUAGAAACUGCUUUGCACAAACCUAGAGAGUACUUGCACAAUAAACUUUAUGGUGUUGGUUAAAUCAGUGAAUUAGGGUAUGACGUCUGGACACAUAUAUCCUGAAUGUCUAACCCUGAUACAGCUAACACCUCACGCACACUGGGCAGCGUAUGUCAUACCCACUUUGGUUGAAACACUGAGUUUAUAUGAAAGAAAAAAUAUAUAAAUACAUUGAAUAAAAUAUAAUAUUAAGAGAUAAUAACAAAUAAUAUUGAAUAAUAAUAAUAAUAUUAGUAAUAAUAAUAUUAAUAUAAUAAUAUUAAUAAUAAUAAUAUUAAUAAUAAUAUAAUAUUAAUAAUACUGCUUGGUUUUCAGUGAGAGUGUGUGAUUAAAGAGAGUGAGGGAGAAGAAAUAAAUGUGUAUUCAAAGUGAGACAAAUGGUAGUAAAAAUGAAAGAAAGAGAGAAAUGGAGGGAGCAGAGGAGGAUGAGAGUCAGAAAAAGGAAGACAGAAAGGGAGAGAGCGGUGAAAGAGAGACAGAGAGAGAGAGAGAGAGAGAGAGAGAGCGAGAGAGAGGAAGAGAGAGAGAGAGAAAGAGAGAGAGAGAAAGAGAGAAAGAAUGGGAGUGAGAGAAUGAAUUUAGAUGUAUGAUAUGUAUGCAGAAUGCAUGAAACAUUUUAACAAAAGAUAAAAAUUGAUUGAGACGAACAGGCUUUCUUUCGCCUGAUUCAAGAAUGUGCGAGUGGCGCGCAAAUUUGUGGCUAUAGUUCAUUUGUAAAUCAUUUUUUGUCAAAAGUAUACAUUUUUCUGAAAGCAUAAUAUGUUGAGUAUUCUUUCUGUGUGUAUAAAAUGUAAACACCUACCACGCCCAAAAUGAAAUCAAUGUUUCUAACUUAUUUAUAAUAAAUAAUAUACAUUAAUGAUAAAAAUAAACGCAGUUUGUGACAGUAAUAUCGAUGCAUGAUACCGCAUUUACCUCGUAUAUUUACCUGAAAAUAUAGUGAUCCUUGAGUAAAAUAAUAAUCCCUGAUCCUGUUUAUAUGGAAAAAGUGUUUAAUUAUGUACCCUAAUAAAGAAGUUAUAUUUAAAGUU